GCUAGAAAAAAAAUGAAAACCCAGGUUUAUUAAUUAUUUUAAUUAAAAUAAAACACAGGGUACUGAUUAACACGGUGAUCGUUAAGAUCAUAAUUAAUUUUCAUUGCAAGUGAUUUCCCAGCAUGUUCGUGCAGCAGAAGUUACCACUCUCAAGUCGUGUCUCGUGACCUCGACCACACCUGAGCGAGUAGCUGUAGCUAGCAUCCACAGCAACACCAAAACCACCUCAUCACCAUCUGGGGUUAGGGUUUCUGUCAUUCUCCAUUUUACAAAAUUAGGGUUUCUUCUCGCCAUGACGGACGGCUUCUGGAACCGCCAACAGGCGCUUCUUCCCCACUCCGGCAUGCUCAAACGACCGCGUUCCGACUAUGAUAUGCCAGCUUCUGGUCUGUCUUCAGGUAAUGAGAUGCAUAAUUAUAUUGCUCGUGAUGAUGAUCGGACCAGUCAGAGGAUGCUAAAGGACACAAAAACAAUUGGAUCUGCUUAUGACCGCUACCUUCAGAGUGGGCAACUUUCUUCAUUCACUUCUGGGGAAGCCAGUACGGUAGGGGGUCUUGGGUUGGCAAGGGGUGUCGGUGGAUUACCAGGCCAUUCACUAGCUGAUCCUGCUGUCAUGGGGCGUCAUGGGGGUGGUGGUCCUGAUCUUGCACCAAAUGGACGGGGUGUUAAUUAUGGUGGUCAGCUAACAGUAGAUGCAGUUUCCAGGCCUGGACCUGAGACAGUACCUUUACCUCCAGAUGCUUCAAGUACUUUAUAUGUUGAAGGUCUUCCUUCUGAUAGCACAAGAAGAGAAGUAGCUCAUAUUUUCCGCCCUUUUGUUGGGUAUAGAGAAGUGAGACUUGUGAGCAAAGAAUCCAAACAUCGUGGUGGAGAUCCUUUAAUCCUUUGUUUUGUGGACUUUGCAAAUCCAGCUUGUGCAGCCACUGCUAUGAUUGCCUUGCAAGGUUAUAAAGUUGAUGAGCUCAAUCCCGAGUCUAGUCACUUGCGACUUCAGUUUUCUCGGUUUCCUGGUCCAAGAAGUGGACCUGCUUCACGUGGUAAGAGGUGAGCUGAUUGUCAUUGGCCAUCAGGUUUUAUGCUCGUCAGUCAUCAGAAUGUCGAUGGUUUUCUUUACACCAUCCUUUUGGGGGGCGACCCUUCACAUGCGAUUAUAUUUGCUCCCUCUGGCUACAAACCUUAUUAGAGCCCCUUGAAAAAUGCAUAAAUUAUUAACAGGCCUAGAUCAAAGUACAAUUUCAUUUUAGCGAAAAUCCAACAAAUGGAGAUUUUUGGUGCGUCUAUCUAAUUACUCUGCUGUAUCAUUAUUCCUAAAUUAAUUAUUAACCUGGUGUCUGAUUUAUGGAAAGCGUUUCCUUUCUAUUGCC